GAACCCCACGGACCGGGACCGGAACCGAAAGCCAACACCCACCCACCCAGUUGCAAGCUACUGGGACAGGAAUAGGAUACGGCGGCCAGCGGCGGUUUCCAAAUUCCAAUCCCGAAGCUGCUGCGCUUAGGGGACAGCAGCACAGUUUGAUGUGUGAUUGGUUUGCGGUUUAAUUAUUACCUGGGUUGCCAGAAUUGAUGUAGUUUAUUAUCACGGGAAGCGCUCUAGUCAAUGGUCUAGGGAACCUCAUUAGAAAAAAAAAUAUUGUCGAUUUUAUUUUUAUCCACCUGUUUUUGUUCACAGCAUGUUUGCUUCCUCCUUUUCGACAUCAGCCUCCAUGCUCAAGAUGGUUCUAUAAAUUCAACGCAUUAGCAGUAGGCAUCACCACAUCACAAGCAAGCUUUUGCUUUCCACACAGCAAACACAUCCCGGCCUGGGAGGAGGGGCCCAGGGAGUAGCAAUGGCGGACCUUGUUCUUGGGUUGGCCAAGUCGGCGGUGGAGGGGACGCUGACUGCUGCCAAGUCAGCGAUUGAGGAGGAGGAGAAGCUCAAGAAGGGUAUGCAGCGCGACCUGAUGCUUAUCUCCGACGAGUUCGAGAUGAUGCAUUCGUUCCUCAACGUUGCCAAGGAUCGUGCCGCUGACGCAAUGGUAAGGACCUUGGUAAGGCAGGUCCGCAACAUGGCCUUAGAUGUGGAGGACUGCAUCGAAUCUCUUGUCCUCAUGGAUAUCAAGUCCCAGUGGUGGCGCCGCCGCUUGCUACCACUCUGCAUGCUAGCAGCGGCGCCGGCUGAGCCACUGGACAAUGCAGUUACUGCUAUAGAGUUGCUGAAGUCCAGGGUUGAAGCCAUGGGCCAGAGAAACGAGCGCUACAGGCACAUCGGUGGCUCCAGCUCCAAGCACACUGAGAAGACGCAUCAGCAGGCCGAUGCAACAGCAGUGGGUAUCCUCUUCGAGGCGAGGGAAACCAAGAUGAAGCAAGGGAGCCCAAGAGAUCUCAUCGAGUUGAUUAACAACAUAGACCAUGUCCUUCCACUUCAAGUGAUUUCAUUAUGGGGUGCAGUAGGCGAUCUUGGGGUGUCAUCCAUCAUCAAGAAGACCUGUGACAAUGAAGAAAUCUACGAAAAAUUCAGGUACCGUGCUUGGGUGAAGUUGAUGCAUCCCUUCAAUCCCCAUGAGUUCAUCCGAAGCUUGCUGGCUCAAUUCCACACAAACUAUUGUCGGCAACAAGGAAGUUCUGUAGAUUUCGUCAAACUGGCGGAUGUGAUGAAAGCUACAGAAGGCGCACUCAUGGAUGAGUUCAUGAAGCAAGUGAGCGAUCAGAGGUACCUAGUCUUCCUUGAAAAUGUGUCCUGCAUGAUUGACUGGGAGGCAGUCAGGGCAUACCUACCUGACAAGAAAAAUGGGAGCUGCAUCAUCGUGCACACACAGCAGCUCGAAGUAGCAAGCUUGUGUGUCGGACAAUCACACAAAGUAUUGGAGCUGGAGCAGUUCUCAGCUGAACAUUCUGUUUGUGCCUUUUUCAAUGAGAAUAAGCGUAGCAGCCCAGGAGGUCUGAUUGAGCUGAUCAACAAGAAAGAUCAUGCCCUUCCACUUCAAGUGUUUGGAGCAGUAGGCGACAUUGGGAUGGAAUCCAUCAUGAAGAGGAUCUGUGAGGACGACCCAGAAAUCUGCAAAAGUUUCAGGUGCCGUGCUUGGGUUAAACUGAUGCAUCCCUUCCAUCCCCAUGAGUUCAUCCGGAGCUUGCUGGCACAACUUUACACAAAUUAUUGUCCACGACAUGGAAGCGCCGUAGAUUUCCUGAAACUGAAUGGUACAAUGAUGGAUACGGAAGGCGUACUCAUCGAGUUCGUGAAGCAACUGAUGAGCCAUCACAGAUACCUAGUCUUCCUGGAAGAUUUAUCGAGCGCGGAUGAUUGGAAGGCCGUCAGUGAAUACCUACCUGACCAGAACAAUGGCAGCUGCAUCGUCGUACACACCCAGGACCCUGAAGUUGCUAGCUUGUGCGUCGGACAGCCACACAGAGAAUUGGAGCUGGAUCAAUCCUCAGCUGAACAUACAGUUCGUGUCUUUUUCAAUGAGGCAUCUACGAGUCGUUGGAGUAGCUGGCCUUCUGACCCGAGCCCCGCGGACAUUGAGCAAGCAAAAAUUCUCCUACACAAGUGCGGCGGACUACCCCAAGUGAUUGUUGCUGUAGGCAACUUCAUGGCUGAAGGAUGGAGCAUCGACAAUGAUGACAACUUUAUGGGGACGUUGGAGACCCACCCAGCAUUCGGUAGUUUAAGGGGUCUGUUUGAUUGGGUCCAUUCAUACUUCCAUUCUUGUGAAGAUUUGCUGAAGCCCUGUAUCUUCUAUCUGUCAAUCUUCCCUGUGAACCACAAAAUUCGGCGGAGCCGUUUGGUGCGACGGUGGAUUGCGGAAGGUUACUCCAGGGACACCAAAGAAAGGACCGCUGAGGAGAAUGCAGAGGAGUCCUUUCUCGACCUCUGCAAGCUAAACAUGAUCCAGGUGCCGGGAUCCACAAGCCUGUCCUAUUUCAUGAGGAUGCCCUUGUGCCAAGUCAAUGGUUUCUUCCGUGAGUACAUUAUCUCACGGUCGAUGGAAGAGAACCUCGUGUUUGAAUUGGAGGGGCACUGCAGUGUGAAUUCGCAACACACAGGACGGCAUCUCACCAUAGGGAGCACCUGGGACAGAGACAUGAGUGUGUAUGGGAGCAUCGACUUCUCGCGGCUGCGGUCACUCACGGUUUUUGGUGAGUGGGAGUCCUUCUUCAUCUCUGACAAGAUGAGGAUAGUCCGGGUGCUGGAUCUGGAGGACACAUCAUCAGUGACAGAUGGUGACCUCGAGCAGAUGGUCAAGCUGCUGCCUCGCCUCAAGUUCCUCUCCCUAAGAGGAUGCAAAGAGAUCACUCGUCUCCCAGAUUCCUUUGGUGCCCUGAGGCAGCUUCAGACUCUGGAUAUCAGACACACCUCGGUUGUCACGCUCCCAGCAAGCACCACCAAGCUACAGAAGCUGCAGCAUAUUCGUGCCGGUACUACUGUACAACUAGAUGAUGACACCAGCAUUGUUGACAGCCUAGCACCGCCGCAGCCAGAAACAGCAGUGACUUCAACACUGUCGAUGAGCAGGCUUCGUCGUGCUGCUACUUUGGUGUUGCCAGAGUUGUGGACACACCGCGGACGGCUGCUUCCUGACUCUCAUAAUGGUGGCGUUGUGGUGCCUCGAGGGAUCGGGAAAAUGACGGCCUUACACAAUAUCAGCGUCAUCGACGUCAGUGUUGCAAGUGGGUCAGCUAUCCUGGAAGAGCUCAAGAACCUUACCCAAUUGCGCAAGCUUGGAGUGUCUGGCGUCAAACGGGAAAACUGUAAGGAGUUGUGUUGUGCCAUCUCAGAUCACGCCCAUUUGGAAUCCUUGUCACUGUGGCUCGGCACGAAUCAAGCUGGCUGCCUGGAUGCCAUUUCCCCGCCUCCCAAGAAACUGGAGAGCCUCAAGCUAUACGGACAAAUAGACAAGUUGCCGCCAUGGAUCAAGCUGCUGUCCAAUCUCAGAAAAUUGAAAUUACGGCUGACUAUGAUAAGGCAACAUGAGGUGGAUCUCCUCAAGGACUUAACAAGCCUAAACAUUCUGUGUCUUUCUUUCAAGGAGUUUGAAUAUGGCGAGCUCCGGUUCAGGGGGGGGACAAGUUUCCGGCAGCUCUGGGUCCUUGAGAUUGCUUGCAACUCAAGGUUACAGUCUGUUACAUUUGGGGAUCAUGUAAUGCCUAGGCUUGAGGUCCUGAAGAUCCGCUGCUGUAAUAAUGUGCCAACCUUGAACUUUUCAGGGCUAGAGAAGCUACAAAUUCUCAGGGAAGUCUUACUUAAAGGAUCCUAUGAUAACAAAGUGGAGCAAGAUAUGCGGAGCCAACUUGGUAAGCAUCAAAACAAGCCUGGUUUCAAGGUGGAACCACGUUCGAAUUCGUCCUGAAUAGGGUUAGCUGCAUGAGUUGCCCUGGAAAACAUGUUAUCAAAAUAUUCUCGGCCCAGUUGAUAGGUUUGGCCGUUUGGACAUUGUUGGUUUGCUUUUUUGGCUAAUAACGAUCAGCUAAUGCCUCCAAUAUAGAGGGCGCAUGCCUUAUUACAUGAAACAGAAAUUGAUUGCCCUGAUUCGUGUACGUGCAUGGCUUUUGUAUUAUCUUUUGCUACCUCUUAUUUACAACUUAUACAUGGCUCUAUUUUUCAACUUA